AUGGGUCACAUUUCCGGAAAACAAUGCCCCAUGGUGCUGAUUAUCCGGCUCUUGUUACAGCUCUCCUCGACGGUUUCUGCAGAAUUGACACGUUCGAUGUCUGUCAGUUACACACCACAAUCGAUUCACGAUUUGGAGGAGUACGCAUCGACGAACGUCACUGCUACCGUACAAUUUCCGAAGGAGGAAUUCGAAGCGGACAAUAUUGAGAAGUAUCUUCUCAAUGUCAACUCAUUUCAUCCGGAAACGGCGACGGCGGAGUAUGGAGAAAAGCUGAAAACUGAGCAAUUUCGACUGAACGGUCAAUUCUAUGAAACGGAGACGAUUAUCACAAUUAACGGGAAUCUUUUGGGCAAGACGGCGAUGAAAGUUCGACUGGUGCCGGCUGCCACGUGGAACGAGACUGAUUUCGCUGCUGAAGAGACUAUGGCGAAGGAAGAGACGCAGAGAAGUAGUAAUCGAGAUUCGUGGUUGGAUGUAUGGGUGGUACGGUCGGCGGAGUCCAGAAGAUUGACUGUCUAUUUCGUCAUUUCUGUAGUGGUGUUGAUUUCGAUGGCCAAUGUUAUGAUGGGGUGUGAGCUCGACAUCGAAUCUGUAAUCGCAACGCUCAAAAAACCAGUCGCCCCAGCGAUCGGCCUCUUCGCUCAAUUCAUAAUCAUGCCUCUGCUCUCGUAUCUCAUCGCCUAUGCCAUCUUCAUGCCACGUGGAUUGUAUUCAAUGGCCCUGGGACUUUUCGUCACUGGAUGCUCGCCAGGAGGCGGAGCUUCCAACUUCUGGACACUUCUCCUAGAUGGAAAUCUGAAUUUAUCAGUAACAAUGACUUUUAUUUCAACGAUAUGCUCAUUGGUGAUGAUGCCUGCCUGGUUGUACUUCCUUGGACAUCCAUUCCUGCAGGGAUUCAAUUCAGAAGCCGUUAUCAAAGUCCCUUAUGGAAAGAUUGCUAGUCAGCUGGUCACGCUGAUUCUCCCGUUGCUCAUUGGAAUCGCAAUCAAGAAAUUCAAGCCAGAGUGGGCGGCGAAGGCUCGGAAAGUGAUGAGACCGUUUGUGAUCUUUGUUAUGAUCUUUGUUGUGAUCUUUGGAUCUCUAACCAACCUCUACAUGUUCCGAAUGCUCACUGGACCCGCGUUGAUCGGAGGUCUCGCCCUUCCAUGGUGUGGAUUCAUGUUCGGGUGCUUCACGGCUCUUCUAACCAAACGGAAGCCAGAAGACGUCACUGCCAUCGCCGUGGAGACUGGAAUUCAGAAUACGGGGAUCGCGAUUCUGCUUCUGAAAGCGUCGUUCGGACAGCCGGAUGCCGAUAUUGGGUCGUUGAUUCCGGUGAUUGUGGCGGCGUUCACACCGGGACCACUGUUGUUGGGUGCUGCUGUUCAUUUGACAUUCAAAGCGUUGAGGAAUCGGAGACAGAAGUCUCGUUGCGAUUCGGAGUCGAUCGAAAAGCAAGCUGUCGAGCUGAUCGAUGCCUCGAAACUCACCGAGCAACAGAAAUUGACAAUUUCCAGUUCCAGUCUUCCGAACGAUCAAUAUGAGAGCUUAUUGGAGCAUAAUACACCUAUUGUGACUGCAAAAUAA